AUGCGAAGCGACUCGACUGAAGAGGAUGGUGUACUAGUGGAACACAAUGACCACAUAGAAGUUAAUGGUAUGGUGUUCAAUAAACCAUUUGUUGAGAAACCGGUAUCAGCUGAAGACCACAACAUUUACAUCUACUAUCCAAGUUCGGUUGGUGGAGGAUCACAACGGUUAUUCAGGAAGGUUAGUUAUGAUGAAAUUUACUCAAUAGUUUUUGGAUUUUUCUUGUUUUUCUUGAUUUUCUUCAACUUAUUUUGAUU